AUGAAACUUCUGGUACUUCUUUUUAUCAGUCAAUCAUUAGCUGCUCCGGCAAUAGUAACUAUUUUUGAAACAGUUACUGAAAAUUCACCAUCUCCAACAUUAGCUGCUCAAUCAUCAGUUGCAAUUCAACAAUCAGUACCAACUCAACCUACACCUGCAACUGAAGCACAAACUCAAGCGACUUCAACAUCUACAGGUGGCUGGUUAAGUAGAUUAUUAAGUGAAUUAGAAUCAAGUUCAAGUUCAAGUUCAACUGACUCAAACUCUGGAUCAAGUUUAUGGGAUGCUUUAUUUGGAACAAGUUCAAGUUCAAGUUCAAUACCAGCUACCAGUUCAGGCUCAGGCUCAAGUUCAAAUAGUUUCAUAGAUUUUUUGAAUAAUUUCUUUGGUUCUCAAUCAUCAGCUAGUGUUUCUCCAGCAGCAACUACUCCAAUUUCAACAUCACCAAUUUUUACUUCUCAAACUGGUAUUCCAACUUCAUUGGCAACAAGUACAUCAUCAUACCAACCAACAACAGUAUCAACAAGUACUUCAUCAUCAUCAACAUCAGCAACGAGCUCAGAUAAUGACAUUUAUGCCGCAAUUGAUCAAAUUCCAGGAAUUGAUAAAAGCUUUGCAACGAGUAUCUUGGACGCACACAAUCAGUAUAGAUCACAACAUCAAGCAGGUGACUUAAGUUGGGAUAUAGAUACGUACAACUAUGCUAAAAAUAAUGCCGAUAAUUAUGAUUGUUCAGGAAUUUUAACUCAUACUCAUGGUCAAUAUGGAGAAAAUUUAGCUGCUGGAUUUAAAGAUGGCCCUUCGGUAGUACAGGCGUGGGUCGAUGAGCCGUAUGAUUAUAGUACAGCUGAUACUUAUAAUCAUUUUACUCAAGUAGUAUGGAAAGGUUCAAAAAGAGUUGGAUGUGCUUAUAAAGACUGUAGAAGUAAUGGUUGGGGUCUUUAUGUUGUUUGUGAAUAUGAUCCUGCUGGGAAUAUAAUUGGUCAAGAAAGGGAGAAUGUCUUGCCUUCAAAUUAA